UGUCCGUGACUACUCGUCCAAAUUCCAAAACUGAAUUAUCGAAUCAUUGAACAAUUCAUUUUGUUGAAUCAUUUCGUUGAAAAUAAAAAUUCAUGUUGUAAAUUGAAGAAAAUAAUUCAAAGUUGAGGGUUGAAAGGACUUUCGGAUUUUUUGGUGCGACGAAACCUUUUUUUAUGGAAAUAAAAAAUUGUUGGUGAUGGAUAUCUGAAUUUCUGUGAUUUUUAUUUUACACUCGUGACGUUUUGAGAGGUUGCGGGUGAGAUGGCGUCGCACUUGGGGUAUAAUUAUGAGGAGAGGGGGCAGAGGAUGAAUGGGAGACACAGGGGAGGGCCGUCCAAGGCUAAUGACAACAAUAUUUGCACUGGUUCUCAGUAUUAUGUCGGUGGCAGCAGUGACAUUGGCGAGGAGGACCUCGCGGAUUUGCCGUCGUGCGUCUAUGCUGGGAGAUCCUCGCAACACGUGAACACGCACUCCUCACCGCACACGCAUUCGCCGAUACAUUAUCAUAUGCCCAUUUCUACUCCAGACCACAAUGAUAACGAGAUGAAUGGAGUCGACGAGGGUUACUACCCCAACGGUAGCCCCUACAGAAUCCAGAGGCACGCAGCGAACAUUCGCGAGCGUCGACGAAUGCUUAGCAGCAUAAACUCGGCUUUCGACGCGCUUAGGGGGCACGUACCGACGUUUCCCUACGAAAAGCGCUUGUCGAAAAUUGAUACCCUUCGACUUGCCAUUGCGUACAUCGCACUGCUCACCGAAGUCCUCAAAGUGAAAAAUGUCGACCCUCUGACGUACAUCGAAAUGUGCCUCAGGGGUGAAAUGAGUAGUGAGAGGGCUGAAUGGAAUACCAGUGAUUUAAUGGCUCGCCUCGCAUGGAUAAAUUGGGAAAAUCUCGGAGUGAAUCCCAACCGAAGAUCGAGCCUAACAACUCUCACCCUCACUGCAGAUAACUUGCAUUAACGCUGGAAAAUCCCUCAUUCAUUUGUGUUGUAAAUAUUUAUUAUUCAGAAACUAAGUACCAAACUUCCAAUGUACCCAGAGAAACCUUUAGUUAUUUAAUCUAGUCAAACGUGCAAUACGAACGAUAAACAUUUCGUAUUUUCGUGGUACCUGUAUUAUCGGAUAUCUAGACGAGUGCUAGUGUAAGUAGAAUUUUAUUUGGUAAUAUUUGAAUAAAGAACGCAUUUUUAACAGGA